GUCCGGUGAUACUUCUAUACUUCUUUAAAAUUGCCUCCAAGCUCCAACCUGUACAGCUUCCUCUCUCUCUUUCUUCAAGAAAUUCGCCAAAUUCUUCGAUCGUUAGCUAUGCAGUCUCAGACUCGGACGGUUCAAGUCAAGCACGUUUCGGAUCUUGCUACUGAGAGGGAGAUUCACGAAUUCUUCUCCUUCUCUGGAGAAAUUGAGCACAUAGAGAUACAAUGUGAACAGGGGCAAUCCAAGACUGCGUUCGUGACAUUUAGAGAUCCCAAAGCUCUUGAAAUUGCCUUGUUGUUAUCGGUAUUCCAUUAUCUCGAUUCUCUUUCAUAUCCACGGAGUCAGUUAUCGUCGGGAGCAACAAUCGUAGAUCAGAUUGUCAGCAUAUCUCUUGCUGAAAAUCAUGUACCAAGAAGAGAAAUGCAGGAAGUACGGGUUGUGGACAAUGCUGCAUGUCUCACUCCUACAGAAAAUAAUUUUCCUAGCACUGAGGAUUCUGCGAGCCAGCCUAGCAGUGGGAAAAUGUAUGUUAAUAGAGCACAAGUAGUAGUUGCAACUGUGCUUGCUAAAGGUUCAGCAAUUGGACAAGAUGCCAUGAACAAGGCAAAAGCAUUCGACGAAAAACAUCAGUUAACAGCUAGUGCAUCUGCAAAGGUAUUAUCCUUUGACCGAAGGGUUGGGCUCACCGAGAAAUUGACAGUUGGGAUAUCAGUGGUUAACGAGAAAGUCAAGUCUGUAGAUCAAAAUCUUCACGUUUCAGAUAAAACAAUGGCUGCAAUCUUCGCAGCUGAGAGGAAACUCAAUGAUACAGGAUCUGCUGUCAAAACAAGCAAGUAUGUGACAGCAGGUGCUGCUUGGUUAAAUGGUGCUUUUGGCAAGGUCGCAAAAGCAGGCCAGGCAGCAGGUACAAAGACAAGAGAGAAGUUCCAUUUGGCUAUGUCAAACUUAACAUCAAAGGAAUCCUCAGUUGUUGCCUAAGCUUAAAACUAAGUCACUUGGCUUGGCUGCUUGUAUUUUCAGUGGGGGAUUGAAAUGAGUUUCUUCAACUCUAUUUCUUCCGUGUUUUUUUUCUUGAGCACUGUGCUCUAUUAUUAUUAUUAUUAUUAUUAUUAUUCUUGUCAUUAAUUUUAGUAUCAUUUUUUAUAUUAUUCAUAUUCUUUAAUUAUAAGGGUGUUUGGCUGAUGACAAUUUUGUAUUUGUAAGAUUGGUUAUGGAAGUGUAAAGAAAAUCCCAUUAUUGUAUGUCUUUGUACUCUUAUUAUUUGUUUAGGAGUAUCAAGUCUGUGGCUCAGCUUGCUUGCUGA